AUGGGAGACCUGUGGUUGCUCCUACUCUUGCCCCUGUCCUUGGCAGCCUUCCACGGGGUCAAAGCCUGCUUGGAAUGUGACCCCAAAUUCAACGAGGAUAUUAGGUCCUUGAUAGCAAAGCUGGUACCCUCAGAAGUCCCUGGCCGAACUCAUCUGCUUGAACGGCAGAUUAAGGAGAUGAUCCAUUUAAGCUUCAAGGUCUCCCACGGGGACAAGAUGCUUCGGGUGUUGGCUGUUCAUAAGGCUGUUAAGUUGAGAAUAUGGCUGAAGAAUGAACUUUAUAAACUGGGCAAUGAAACAUGGAAAGGUGCCUUUAUCCUUCAAGGCAAGCUUCUCGAUGUCCGCCAAAACCUGGAAUUGAAACUGAAAGAGAUAUUAAAGAACUUCUCUGAAGUUGCUUGUUCUGAAGAUUGUGUUGUGACUGAAGGUCCUAUCUUGGAUUGUUGGACCUGUCUUCGCAUCACCACCCAAUGCUUCAGAGGAGAGUAUUGUGGAGAAGAGGAUUCAAGGAUGGCUGAGAAUCGAGAGAUUGGACUAUUUCUGAUACUGCUAACAGAAGUUGUGAUAUUGGGAAGUGCUUGGUUACUAUUCCAUAUCUGUGUGUCUCAUUGGAGGAAAAUGAAGGCAAUACGAAGAUCAUUAAAGAAAUAUUUGGAGAAGAAACUUGAAGAAUUAAUAGGGAUGACAGAUUAG